GGUGACUGUGAAAACCCGGGAUUCAAGGCUUUGCCAAACACUAUUUCAAAUGUUUGACGAGACAAAUUUGGCCAACAUUUCUUAUUCAAACGAGGCAAACAAUGCCGUUGUUAGACAAUGGCUUCGACGGUGUGGCCCAUUUAUUUGUCUAACUAACAAAGACUUCAUACAUGUCCAGGUUUCACUGUCUGACAGCUGUCUGACAGAGCUCUGACAAGAAUGAGGACUCGAAUCAGAAUUGUGGUUCAGUCCCCAAGUCCAAUUGCUAUUUAUUUUGGCGUUAGGCUUGGUUGGUACGUAUCGGUAGCUUUCGGAGGCUAUUUGUUCUCAAGAGAAUCAAUAGGUUUCUAGAUCGAGGGUCCACGGGAGAUACCGUACUGUACCGUGAGAGCGUAGAUUGAAUUGCAGUCUUCGUGUAAUCGAUAUUGCUGCACAGAGCCAGCUGCCAGCCUUGAGGAAGCAAAAACAGCUACCGUACAGAUAGAUUUUGAAGACUAGCUACAAGCUAGCUACCAUUUGGUACACGAGGACCACUGCCAUCAUCCCUUCACCAUGGUGGCUUUGCCAAGCGACCUGCACUCUUCAAUCCAACAGUCAAACUGUCAGCCUAACCCCAUCUCUAAACUUUUACCCCGUAUCUUUUUCCUUUCGAACCGUUUGGAUCCACCCACACUCCUUGCCUUCCAUCUUCCACUUCGUCUUUCAUCACCCACCACUCUCUGGCUAAAGUAUUGCCUUCUACACUGUACUCUCCAUCCCAUUGUCUCCUUCUCUGAAGCGUUCCUCAAAGAUGCUGCGAAAGUUCAUCUCAUCAUCUUCGUCGUCGCAUGGACGGCUGUCGACAAGCUUGUGUCGAACCCAGCUUCUUCCGAAAAGAGUUGUCGCGGCCCACCACCAAAAAAUGAUGUCCACGGCAACCUCUGGGUUUGAAAAAGUAGGCGUCAUUGGAUUGGGUCUCAUGGGUCAUGGAAUCUGUCAAGUUGCUGCUGUCUCGGGGAUUCAUUCCAAAGGAAUCGUGGCGUAUGAGCCAGAACAGAAAUUCCUCGAUUCCGGCAAAGCCAGAAUUGAACAGUCACUGGCCAAAUUGGUGUCCAAAGGAAAGAUUGCCCAGGAAAAUGCUGACAGUGCUCUCCACAAUAUUACCUUUACCACGGACAUGCAUGAGCUUGCGGAUACUGACAUGAUUGUGGAGGCCGUGAUUGAGAAGAUGGAUCUGAAGAAGGAAAUCUAUACAAGCCUUGGAAAAGUUUGUGAGGAAAAGACCAUUUUUGCCUCCAAUACUUCUGGCCUCUCCAUCACCGAAAUGGCACAAUUCUCAGGAAGAACUGAUAGAUUCUUGGGUGUCCACUUUUUCAAUCCAGUACAAUUGAUGAAGUUGGUAGAAGUCAUCAAGGCAGAAGAAACAGAUCAAGCUGUCUUUGACAAAUGCUAUGCGUGGGUUUCUGAAAUUGGAAAAGUACCAGUGUCUUGUGGUGACACACCUGGAUUUAUUGUCAACCGUCUGUUGGUGCCAAGCUUUAUUCAAUCCAUGCUCAUGGUGGACCGAGGUGAUGCCACAGUGAAAGAUAUUGACUUGUCGAUGCAACUGGGUGCGGGCCAUCCCAUGGGUCCUCUCCAUUUGGCAGAUUAUAUUGGAUUGGAUACAAUUCUCAGUGUGAUGAAAAGUUGGAAGGAGGGAUGGCCGGAGGAACCCGCCUUUGUGAUUCCACAAUGCAUCCAAGACAAGGUUGCUGCAGGGCAUUUUGGACGGAAAGCAGGAAAGGGUUUCUACCAUUGGGAUGGCGACAAACGUGGGGAUCCUCUGGAGUGAUCACGUUUAGUAGUGAGAUGCUUAAAAAACAAAUUCAGUAGUUAACGGAGGCUGCGUGCUUUCUGAGGCGACAAACGGUACGUGGCAAAGUUGUCCUUUUGGAACUGUGUGGCUGGCCAGCAGACCUCGAUAUCCUCAGGAUUUCCGCGGAGAAAGCAUUUGUAGGAUGAUUGCAUGCAUAGUCAGUAUGGCUAGCUAGCGAGAUUGAUCACGUUUUAGAAACUAGGCUAAGUCCGUAGAGACGUUGUUACACGUAG